AUGGAAAAGCUUGCGUGGCCAGUAUGUCGACAAUUCUUGGGACACCAGCUGCUGGCCUUCAUUAACUCGUACAUGGUACUUGUGUUCUUCAAAACCAUCUUCCUAGUGCUCGUCAUAGCUUAUCCCGAAGAUUAUCCUCCUUAUUUGUCAAUCUCAGGAGUCUUCCAUGCUCUGGUGCUUCUCCCGAUUGUUUUGGCUGUCACAACCCGCCCACGCUACGUGGAACGUUGA